UCACUUAAAAUUUGAAUUAUUUUCCUUUGACUGGUAAGUUCCCAUUCGUAUGCAUAUUUGUUUUUCACCUCAUUUUUUUUCCUCUCCAAUACUUCCUCUUCUGAACAUCAAUAUAAGCUGGGCAGAGGACAUCUCUCAUCCUAGACCUGCUCUACUGCACUUCUGAUCUCAGCCUCAACAUGACACAGCGCACAUAUUUACUGCUGGCAGCUGUUACAAUCUGCUGCUUUACAAAUCUGCUUGCUGUCUCAAUGGAAGGCUUUACAUCCAAUAACAAGUGUCACUGUCUGACCACCACUGCAUCCAUCAUUCCAUCAAGGUUUUUUAAAAGAAUUGAGAUCCUGCCUCCAGGAGCACACUGCCGCAAAACUGAGAUCAUAAUCACCAGAAAGAAUAACAAAACUGUUUGUAUAGACCCUGAAGCAAAAUGGAUCAACAAUGUUGUAUCGAAUGUGAUGAAGAGCAAAAGAGCUGUAAAGGAAACUUCUGUACCCACUGUGGCAUAACUCAACAGAGGCAAGAGUGACCACAACAAAGACAUUUUCCAUAUGCUCAAAUAUUCCUGUAAUUCAAAGAGCUAACUCAAGUGUGUCG